GCUGUUGUUGACUCAUGUUUGACAUUAAAAGUAGCAGAAUAAUUUCUGUAUACUUUGGAAUAGGAGAUCCAGCUUUUGAAAGUAUUUUCUCCCUGUUUGUGUAACCUCUAGUUUUUCUUGGAUCUGAUUCUUAGUAGGCGGUCUUAUCUUACAGAAAUUGCAUCCUCUACACCAACACGCUCCCCCCCCUUCAAGAAAAGGGUCCCAUCUGUAAAAGCAUGAAAAUGCGUCCGCCUGGGUUGCUGUUUUCCUUCUUAGCAGCAUGGUUCCUUUCCACAGCGGACGGUCAGAGUUGGAAGUUGAAAUCCAUGCACUGCAACGUCAGGACGAUGUUCAUGUGGACGGCACCGUGCACCUCCUGUGUUCUGGCCAUGGGCCACAAAGUGCAGUGUUUGAAAGGGUGGACACCGGUGAGCCCUAGCCUAGGACUGAGAAGUUGCAGAUACACGGUCAAGCUUGGAGAAGAGACCCUUUCCCUCCCAGGCUGCACUCACAUGUGUAAGAAGGAAAUUGAGGAGAAAAAAUGCUGCCCAGGAUUCUGGGGUACUGAGUGCUAUGAAUGCCCUGGUGGAUCUGACACGCCCUGCAGUGGCCGUGGGACUUGUCUGGAUGGUAUCACGCGGAAUGGGACCUGUAUCUGUCAGGGGCGGUUCGGUGGAUCUGCCUGCCAGGAUUGUCGGGAUGAGAAUCUGUUUGGCCCCGACUGUCAAUCAGUGUGCGACUGUCAGCAUGGAGUAUGCAACCACGGGGUCGCUGGCAAUGGGAGCUGUACCUGCCACGGAGGUUACACCGGCCCGAAGUGUGACCAAGAGCUCCCCCCGUGUCAAAAGCUAACCUGCGGGGAGAACAGCCAGUGCGUGAAGACGAACGGACUGGAAACAUGCGACUGCAAGCCGGGCUACAGAAAGAAGGGGGGUAUCUGCCAAGCUCAGGACCUUUGUGCUUCAUCGCCGUGCUCCCCCUUAGCGGUCUGUAAGACUCUACAGCCAGGGAAAUACGACUGCACUUGCAAAGAUGGAUAUCAAGGAGAUGGAAAGAUAUGCCAGCCCAUUAAUCCCUGUGUUAACAACAACGGAGGCUGCCCUGAAAAUUCCACCAACUGUAUCUAUCAAGGCCCAAACAAGAUAGCAAGUGAGCUCCCCCCGUGUCAAAAGCUAACCUGCGGGGAGAACAGCCAGUGCGUGAAGACGAACGGACUGGAAACAUGCGACUGCAAGCCGGGCUACAGAAAGAAGGGGGGUAUCUGCCAAGCUCAGGACCUUUGUGCUUCAUCGCCGUGCUCCCCCUUAGCGGUCUGUAAGACUCUACAGCCAGGGAAAUACGACUGCACUUGCAAAGAUGGAUAUCAAGGAGAUGGAAAGAUAUGCCAGCCCAUUAAUCCCUGUGUUAACAACAACGGAGGCUGCCCUGAAAAUUCCACCAACUGUAUCUAUCAAGGCCCAAACAAGUCGUCUUGUGUGUGCAAGCCUGGUCUGAGCGGCUCGCACCCGUCCAUCGGCUGCUCGCCAGUCAGUGAGUGUCAGCGGUACUAUUGUGACGCGUCGUCCAAGUGUGAAAUCAACGCAGAGGGGGCUGCCAGCUGUGUCUGCAAAGAAGGGGAGAUUGGAGAUGGAAGAAGUUGCUACAAAAAUCUCAUGAGUGAGCUCUUUCAGCUGAAUGUUCGCGGAAGAUGGUACAGGAAUCUCAACUAUACACACACAAUGUUUGCUUCAGGGUGUUCUUUGUCACUGACAAAAUAUGGGCCUUUCACCGUCCUUGCGCCAAGCAUUCGAUUCAUUUUUCCAAGACUGGACUUCAAUGAGACAACUGCUCAGCAUUUAUGCAAAAUGCACAUAAUCCCGGGUCAGCAUUUGGUGGACGAUUUGAUCAAGAUCAAGACACUGUGGACGUUGUCCGGGCAUCAACUGACAUUUAAUAGUGCAACAAAGCACUCCAUCAAGAGCUACAAGUAUCUGGACCUGCCAAACGAAUCAUAUUCCAUCCUUCAGGCAAACAUCCCAGCAUCCAAUGGAAUUAUACAUGUCGUUAGCGCUCUACGGCGAACAGACACCUUUCACAGCCCUGGAAAUCCGAAGAAAACCAUUGGGGAGAUCCUUGCGUCGGUGGAGCUCUUCAGCCGAUUUGAAACAAUCCUGGAGAACUGUGGCCUGCCUUCGAUACUGGACGGCCCAGGACCCUUCACUGUGUUUGUGCCAAGCAACGACGCGGUGGAUAAGUUAAGAGAUGGGAGGCUGAUUUAUCUUUUUACAGAGGGGAUCAAUAAGCUUCAAGAGCUUGUGAAACAUCACAUCUACACCACAGCAGCGGUGACCGUGGGCAAGCUGACAAUGAUGCCUCAGAUUAUAACCAUGGCGAACCAGAUACUGACCAUCAAUGUCACCGAGGACGGCCAAAUUCUACUGGGUGAUCCUGGGAUUCCCUUAAGCAAGAGGGACAUUGUGGCAUCGAAUGGAAUCAUUCACACCUUGGAUGGCAUCUUCAUUCCUCCUUCCAUCAUCCCCAUUCUGCCUCAAGUAUGCAAUGAAGAACAGCACAAAAUCGUCACAGGCUCUUGUGUUGAUUGUGGAGCCCUGAACACCAGCGUUUGCCCACCUCAGAGCACAAAAAUGGCUCAGGAGAUCUUUCCAAGCGAAUGCGUCUAUGUCCAGGAUCCUUCAGGCUCGAACAUCCUGAAAAAGGGCUGUGCCAGGUACUGCAAUCAAACCAUUGUGAAACCUGGGUGCUGCAAAGGAUUCUUUGGCCCUGACUGCACACCGUGCCCUGGUGGCUUCUCCAACCCAUGCUACAGGAGAGGGAAUUGUAGUGAUGGUAUUCGAGGAAACGGCCACUGUCUCUGCUUUGAGGGUUUCAAAGGAAUAGCCUGCCACAUCUGCUCAAACCCGAACAAGCAUGGGGAGAACUGCGAUGAAGAUUGCGGCUGCGUCCAUGGGAUUUGUGAUAACAGACCAGGCAGCGGGGGCGUGUGCCAGCCCCGUACGUGCCAGGCUGGCUACACAGGGGAAUUCUGUGACACGAUCUCUCGGAGCUGUGGCCCGACGGUCUCUCAGUAUUGUCACCGUCACGCAAUCUGCAGCCUCAACAACACCACCAGGUGCAUCUGUACUGAUGGCUACGAAGGAGAUGGGUUUUCCUGCCUGCCCAUUGAUCUGUGUAGGAAACCAGAACGGGGAGGCUGCUCAGAAAACGCCAUAUGUACCAGUACGGGCCCUGGUACUGCUACCUGUCAGUGUAACAAGGGCUGGACCGGGGAUGGAAAAGCCUGUGUUGCUAUAGACAAAUGUGUGUUGCUAUAGACAAGCGCCUGCCACAUCAAUGCAGACUGCAGCGUUGUUGGCCCUGGACAGAGCAAGUGUAUGUGCAAGCGGGGCUAUGCUGGGGACGGCUACAACUGCGACCCAAUCGACCCCUGCAAGCUGGACAAGGGGGGCUGCCACGAUUUGGCUGUAUGCGAGCCUCUUGGUGGAGGGGAGCGGUCCUGUGUUUGCACUCCCGGUUACGUGGGCGAUGGACUUACGUGUUACGGGGAUGUAUUAAAGGAGCUGGCCAGGAAUUCCCUCUUUGCAGGCUUCUAUGAGUGGAUUAAGAAGUCCCUCUUCAGCAUCCCAGCAGGAGCCAACGUCACUGUUCUGGUGCCCUCGGAAGCCGCCAUCAAAAACCUGAGCCAGGCUGAACAAGAUUUCUGGCUGAAGCCGUACACGCUGCCAUUUUUAGUCAGGGCUCAUUUCCUCCAAGGGUCCUUCACCAGUGAGCAGCUCAAAGGGUACCAGGGCGAGGAGCUACCCUCUCUCAAUCCACGGACCAGAUGGGAGAUCACCAACAGCAGUGGUGCUAUAGCCAUUGAGAAUGCAGUCGUCGUAGUUGCUGACAUUCCUGCGAUUAACAGCACCAUUUACCUCAUCAAUAAGGUUUUGUUACCGCCUUUGGGAGAUAUCCCACCAGGCCGCCCUGGUCUGCAGCAACAGCUCGAUAUGGUCCCCUCAUUUAGUCUGUUCAAGGAGUCGUUACUGCAAUAUCAGCUGAUUGAAAAUAUUGAGUCCUCUGAAAAAUAUACCAUUUUUGUCCCAGGAAACCAUUCAAUUGGGGAAUAUUGUCAUGCUUCCAACAUCACAGAACUGGAUAAUGCCACGGUGCAAUACCAUGUUGUACUUGGAGACAAACUCUCCUCUACAGACUUGAAAAGUGGAGUCCAUAAAGCCACAAUGUUAGGAUUCUCCUACUGGCUACAGUUUUAUAACUCCACCCAGACAUUUGUAAAUAACAUCCGCUUGGAUGGGAAAUUUUUUGAAACCAAGAACGGGAUGUUGAUUGGGGUUUCUGAGGUCCUUCCGAUUCAGAAAAACCGUUGCACUGCCAAUACCACGGUGGUUCACAGGUUGAAAUGCGCUAGGUGUGACAGGGGGAUCAAGUGUCCUUCCGGAUCGGUCCUGGAGGAAACCUCAGACAAGAGGAAGGAGCCACACUGUAUGUUUAAAUCUGGACAAUCCAAAGAAGUUGGCUGUUUUUUCACCUGCGUUAAAGUUUCCUUAGUCUCUGUCUGCUGUCCAGGUUACUACGGGCAUAUGUGCGAGACGUGCCCAGGGAAGCCAGGCAGCUGGUGCUCUGGAAAUGGCGUGUGCCAGGACGGUAUUACCGGUAGCGGGGAGUGUCGCUGUCACGAAGGCUUCCACGGCACUGCCUGUGAGAUGUGUGAAGUGGGCAGAUACGGAGCGGACUGCAAAUCAGUCUGCGGGUGCAGAAAUGGGCUCUGCAAAGACGGCUUGCACGGAGAUGGGAGCUGCCAGUGUUUCCAAGGUUGGGAGGGCGUCACCUGUGAGAGAAGGAUUGGGCUGAAUUUAUGCAAUAGCACUUGCCACCUGAUGGCCAAUUGCGUGAAUGGUUCUGUCGAUUCCCUGCCUACUUGUUCCUGCUCUGCUGGAUACACUGGCAAUGGAACCUAUUGUUCAGAAAUAAAUCCAUGUGCUGUGGAUAACGGCGGCUGCUCUAUUCAUGCAACGUGCACUAAGGUCUCUGCUGGAGAAAGCACCUGCACUUGUAAUGAAGGCUAUGCUGGAGAUGGGUCGCUGUGUCUGGAAAUUGAUGGCUGCCUAGAGCACAAUGGGGGUUGCCACCGCAACGCGGAGUGCACUAAAACAGGCCCCAAUCAGGUUGCCUGUAACUGUCUUCCUGGCUACAGUGGAGAUGGGGUGAAACUGUGUGUCCCCAUCAAUCUUUGCAGGGAGAAUUACGGCGGCUGUAGUCCAUUUGGUAAGUGCGAGUACACCGGACCUGGGACUCGAAACUGCUCCUGUACGUGGGACCAUAUUGGAGAUGGAUUCACCUGCAGAGGCAGUGUGUACCAGGAGCUCCUGAGAAGCAAAGCAACGUCCCUGUUCUUUAAGCAGUUACUGGCCUUCAAAAUCAAGGAGUUAAGUGGAAAAGGGCCCUUUACCGUCUUUGCUCCACAUGCAGAUUGGAUACAGAACAGUACCACGUUCGCAGAAUGGACCAACAAAAGCCUUAUCAAAGAUUUGCUUCGCUAUCACGUAGUGAGUUGCCAGAAACUGCUGGCCAGCGAGCUGGAGGCGCACGAAUCCAUCACGGCUUUGUCGGGCCACAAAAUAAGGAUUGGGGUGAAGCAGAAUAGAGUGCAUCUCAACGAGGAGGCCACCAUCCUCACCAGCGACAUUGUUGGCAUGAAUGGGGUGAUCCAUGUCAUCGACAGGAUUUUAAUCCCAGCUGAUUUGCUGAGCCAGAACGUUUCUUCCCAGCUGGCGCAGCAAAACAUCACAGAGGUAGCCGAAGCGUACGGCUACAAGAACUACAGCAGACUCCUGAGGGAAGCAGGACUGUUACCUCUGAUUAACACCGUUGCUCACCGGCCCUUCACCAUGCUGUGGCCUACGGAUGCGACGUUUACCGCCCUGCCUGAGAAGAUGCAGAUGUGGUUGUAUAGUAGGGACCACCGAGACAAGCUGGCAGCCUAUCUCAAAGUGCACAUGAUUAGGGACAUGAAGGUUGUAGCUGGUAACCUGCCACACAUUGCUCCUGUAAGGACCAUGCAUGGAUCUACCAUCUCAUUCAGCUGCAGCAAGAACAGUGUUGGGGAGCUCUUGGUGGACAACGGCAACGCCAAGAUUGUGCAGCGGCACAUGGAGUUUGACGGGGGCAUCGCCUAUGGCAUUGACCAGCUCUUGGAGCCCCCGAACCUGGGGUCCCGCUGUGACGAGUUCCUCUCCAAGGAGCUGAAGGUUUCAGAGGAGAGCUGCGGGACCUGUGGCUUUGAGCCUCCCUGUCCCAUUGGAUCGGUGGAACAGAGCAAAAGACAGACUUGCUUUUAUGAAGCAAAUCCUUUUUCCAGAUUCUCUUAUUUUUCACACCACAAUUACCUGUUAUCGAGACGACGUCACUGGUACCCGUCGCCGUUUGAGCACAGCAGACGCUGGCCUUCUUGGAGGUCCCUGACAAAAGGGUGCAGGAGGACCUGUCUCUCCAUCGAGUGGGUCCCCGAGUGCUGUGAAAACCACUAUGGACGGGACUGUCAGGUCUGUCCAGGGGGGCUGGAGGCUCCCUGCAGUAACCGGGGCACUUGCAGCGACAGGAGCGGUGGGUCUGGACGAUGCAACUGCACCGAGGCGUUCAUUGGGACUGCUUGUGAACUGUGCGCGCCAGGCAGAUACGGGCCAGACUGCCAAGCGUGUACGUGCACGGAGAACGGGAUGUGCAACGAAGGGCUGCACGGGGACGGCGUCUGUUUCUGCGAGGAGGGAUGGACGGGGGAGCGCUGCGAAACCGAACUAGGUAACGUGCGCGUGGGUGCGACGGGUGCAAGCCCCGGGGGUCCUUCCCUGCCACAGGUGGGUGGUGCGGAGCGUGGGCGCCACGCCCCCCCAAAUGCCCCCUGCCGAGCCAACAACACCUGUGAGUGCGGCUUGCACUACGAAGGAGAUGGAAGGACUUGCACAGUGAUUGACCAGUGCCGGGCUGACAACGGAGGGUGCAGCGAGCAUGCCACCUGCACCCAGCUGGGCGUUCAGCGCUCCUGCACCUGCCUGCCCAACUACCAGGGCGACGGCUACAUCUGCAGCCCCAUAGACCGGUGCGCGGACGGCAGGAACGGGGACUGCAGUGAGCAUGCCUUGUGCAUCAGCACGGGGCCAGUAAGUACACCGGCCCGCCCGGGAACGGAGGCAUCGCCCCUCAGGUCCGCGUGCCGUGCUGCAGGACAUGUGCCGCACAGGAAGUUGGGAAGCCUGACUUCCUGCCAGCUCUCAGGGGUCUGGGGCCAUGCCUGGCGUCUGGUAAGUAAGGCAAGGGAAGGCAUUGCCUUCCCAAACUGCCAGGCAGAGCCCCACCCACGCUCCACCCCCAGAACGCCUGCUGUAGUGCUCCGGGGCUGGAGAGGCUGGGGGAGCAUGUAUAAAACUGCUGGCGUGUUCCAUCUCCAGUCGCCCGGAGGGAAGUACAACUUCACCUAUGCGGAGGCGGAGGCUGCCUGUCUGGCUGAAGAAGCUUCUCUGGCCACUGUCCAGCAGCUCUCCGCCGCUCAGCAGAUGGGUUUCCAUCUCUGCGUGGUUGGCUGGCUCAGUAAUGGCACUGCCGGCUACCCUACACCGACGGUGUACCCGACCCCUAGCUGCGGCUCCAACCACGUUGGGAUUGUGGACUAUGGUACCCGAAAAAACCUGACCGAGAGAUGGGAUGCUUUUUGUUACAGAGAGAGAGAUGUGAGGUGUGAAUGUAGAGACGGGUUCAUUGGGGAUGGCUACUUCUGCAGCGGAAACCUCCUGGCUGUGCUGGCUGAGCACGCCAACUUCUCCACCUUCUACUCCAUGUUGCUGGAUUACGCCAAUGCCACGCAAGAAGGACUCGAGUUCCUCAAUUUCCUCACCAACGACACCAUGUACAAAACUCUCUUUGUGCCCUUGAAUUCUGGCUUCACGGGCAAUACGACGCUCACCUGGGAGGAGCUGAAGCUUCACGUCUCCCUGGGUGAUGUUCUCCUCUGGAACGUCAAUCUCACCAGCGGUACCGUCAUACGUUCCUGCUCUGGCUACAGCCUUCUCAUUGGGGACGCUCUGCUGAAUAGCACGCAGCCCCCUCCCCAGGGCUCCAAAGUGGUCAAUGAUACCCUGAUAGUCCAGUGGGACAUUCUGGCCUUCAAUGGACUCAUUCAUGCCAUCGAAGGGCCCUUGAGGAUACCUCUGCUGCCUGCGCAUCUGGAUCAGGUUACUGGUGCUAUGAAGGCAUCUCAUCCUGUGACCGUCGGGGUAACAUCAGCUGUUGUCGUUCUGCUGCUGCUAUUCGCUGUUGCUGGAGUGACCUAUUACUACCUCAAAAGAAAAAACCCAGAGUUCCAGUUCCACUACUUUCAGGCUGACCUGGAAGAGGAAGAGCAGGCCAAGAACCCGUCCUUAGUGUCGUUCCCAAACCCUGUCUUUGGGGCCCAGAGCCUGAUGUGUGGGCCAUUUGAGGACUCUUUUGGUGGGGAAGAUUUUUCAGACACCCACAAAAUUCUUGAGUAAUUCACCCAGUGAGCCAAACCAAAGGCAGAACACACACCACCCUGUUCUUGCUGCAUGCUAGUGCCAAGUGGCGCUUGCCCCCAUGUCCCGCCAGGAGUAAGCAGAGCGAGCUCAUGGUUAACAAACUCAUCAGCUAAGAUAUCUCAGUUGACGAGCUCUGAGAAAUGGACUGAACUUGCCCUAGGAAAUAAAUACAUGCACUCUGAUGACUACUGAAUGUCUUU